AAUGUCUCCAGUCCCUGUCCUUCCCCUCAUCAUCAGCUGCUGCAUGUCUGUUCUGGGCUGCGUGGCAACACUCAAGCUCAUCCCAGCCUUCAAGGAGCACUUCAUAGCUGCCAGGCUGUAUGGCAAGGAUCUGAACAAAACCACAAAAAAGGAAGUGCCCGAAUCUCAAGGCGUGAUCAGUGGCACGGUUUUCCUCAUCAUCCUUUUCCUCUUCAUCCCCGUGCCUUUCCUCAGCUGCUUUGUGGGAGAGCAGUGUCAGCGUUUCCCUCAUAAUGAGUUUGUGGAGCUGAUAGGUGCGCUGCUUGCCAUCUGCUGCAUGAUCUUCCUCGGCUUUGCUGACGAUGUGCUCAACCUGCAAUGGAGACACAAGCUGCUGCUGCCCACUAUGGCCUCACUGCCUCUCCUCAUGGUCUACUUCACCAACUUCGGCAACACCGUCAUAGUGGUUCCCAAACCGUUCCGAGUCCUGCUGGGGAUGCACCUCGACUUGGGUAUCCUGUAUUAUGUAUAUAUGGGAAUGCUGGCUGUGUUCUGCACGAAUGCCAUCAACAUCCUGGCCGGGAUCAAUGGCAUCGAGUCCGGGCAGGCCCUCUUCAUCUCUGGCUCCAUCAUCAUCUUCAAUGUACUGGAGCUCAAUGGAGACUACAGAGAUGACCAUGUUUUCUCUUUGUACUUCAUGAUCCCGUUCUUUUUCACCACGCUGGCUCUCUUCUACCACAACUGGUACCCAUCGUCUGUGUUCGUAGGGGACACGUUCUGUUACUUUGCUGGGAUGACAUUCGCUGUGGUUGGGAUCCUCGGCCAUUUCAGCAAAACCAUGCUGCUCUUCUUCAUCCCUCAAGUCAUAAACUUUAUCUACUCUUUGCCUCAGCUCUUCCAUGUAGUUCCGUGUCCCAGACAUCGCCUGCCCAGGUUGCAGCAGGACAGCGGAAAACUCGGGAUGAGCUACUCGAAGUUUAAACAGAAGGACCUUGGCAGGUUAGGACGGCUCAUACUGAAGGUGGCAGAAACAUUAUGGCUGCUGGAUGUGCGCAGGGGUCAGGAAGGAGACGAUGAGUUUAUCGAGUGCAACAACAUGACCCUGAUUAAUCUAGUGCUGAAGAUACUCGGGCCCACCCAUGAGAGAAACCUCACAGCCAUUAUGCUGUUAAUACAGGUUUUUGGGAGCGUGAUUGCUUUUGGAAUUCGGUAUCAUUUGGUUCGGCUCUUCUACGAUGUCUAGCAGUAAGCCAAGAGACUGCAUAGGAACAAGAAAACAGCUUCUACUUCCUUGUUUUUUUUUUGUUUUUGUUUUUUUUUAAGAGAAAACAAACCAAAAAACAUUAACAGUCAUGGUGGAUUAAAAGUCUGCUUCUAUUCCCACUUACACAGGGAUGUGUUUACAAUCCACUUACUCUUACUACAGGUUCACUGGUCCAUUGUAGAAUCAGUGUCUUGGUUCUGAUGUUAUACAGUGGAAUAAAUUCUGUCUAAACGCUUUCGGGAAAAGUCCGUCUGGCUUUCAGGGAAAGGACACUGCAAGAAUGUACUCAAUAGAAACAUUGCUAAUCAGAUUAAGGAAAAGGGGUGUGAAGUUUAAGUCACUGAAGCAAAUAACUCAGUCUUUACAUUGAUAUUUCUGCAAUAAUUUCUUUGGCUUAACUGGAAGAAGGAUACUAAAUUCAUUAUUUUUGCACUCGAAUUGUCCAAACAUGCAACUUUUAAAAAGAAGGUAGAAGUAAGCCUUCAUACCAGUUACCUUCUAUGACCGAAUCAUUAUGGUGAAGUUUUGAAAUUUGAAUUCUUUGGGUUUUGAUUCUUUGCGCUCCAGUGUUGUAAAUGAAAUGCUGAGCAGCAGAAACCUAAAUAUGGUAUGGUGGUUAAGUGAAGAUGUUCUUUACUCUUUCUGGUGUAAAACAUGGUGAAUACUAAGCUAUUAUAUGCAUAUCUCUAUUUUUCUUUAUAUAAAGUAACACUGAACCUUCGAUGGACAUGCAUAUGUUUGCUACGGGGUGAUGUAUGUAUCAGAAAUGAUUUAUAUACUCGCCUAAUAGAGAGGUUGAUUUCAAAUUAAAGAGUUUUAAAACAAGUUUGUUUGCAGAUUUGUUUUAACAUGUGACUGUGCUUAUUACUAUUUUAUAUGGUGGCACUUUUGAGCAUGGGAUUUAAUCAACAGAUUAUAUUUCAUGGUCAGGGCUUAUUUUGUGGUGGGAUUGCACGGUGAGGUCAUUUCCCCCCAUGAAUUAUUUUUUUAUUUCCCCAUUUUAAUGACUGACAUCGCACUUUUGCACCCAGUUUGGAUUAAAAUAUUGCCAGUUUUUACAUAACAUGUCUGUUAUCAAGGUUUCAAUUCCAGCGAUUUGAGAAAACAUCGAAUUGCACUAAAUGUAUUGGGAGUUGUUAUGUCAAGCUGAAAGUUCUGAUCAGGAUAAAGCAUCAGUAAUCUGUUGAGGAGGUGGUCAUGUAGAAAUUUGAGUUAUGUAGAUUUUUUAAUGAUAUUGAAAUAUAUCAUAAUAUAGAUCAUAUUAUAAAUAUACUAAAUUGUGAUUUUAUUAACUACAUUGCAUCACAUUAAUUAGGAAGAGAUACUAACUGGUUUAUGUGGUGUUUUCUUAUGUUGGUUGAUUUUUGCCAGCUGUCUGUGCAACAUAUACAUACAUACAUACAUACAUACAUACAUACAUACAUACAUACAUACAUACAUAGGGGGAACAAAUCAGUGUGACCAAAGCACCCCAAAAUAGCAGAUGUCAGAA